AUGGACAGUGCUCGGCAAGAAAAAGUGAGAAAGUUUGAGGAAUUUGUUGACCAGAGAUUGAAACCCGAUCUUGUGCGCGCAAUUGCCGAACGGGACAAGGUUUUUGAGCAGCAGAAGAUAUUCUCUGACCUAAGGAGAAAUAUUGAGAAUCUGGAGAAGAACAGUGUGACUAGUUUAAGGACACGGGUCAACAUUGGUUCUGAAAUCUAUGUGCAAGCUGAUGUUCCAGAUACCCGGCAUAUAUUUGUAGAUGUUGGACUUGGAUUUUACGUGGAAUUUACAUGGGCUGAAGCUCUAGACUUCAUAGCAACCAGGGAAGAAAAUUUAUCCAGGCAAAUAGACGAUUAUACACGUUUAAUCGCGUCAAUUAAAGCUCAGAUUAAGAUGGUUUGUGAAGGAAUAAGGGAGCUACUCGAACUACCGGUUGCUGAGGUCUAA